UUGCCACAAAAAAAGUAUCUUCAAUACUUUCAAUUUGUUUUCUUCAAACGCUGCCAAAGUUGGCCAAACCCUGCAGUUAGCGCGACUGUUAGCAUAGCACAGUACAAGCAAGAAAUGGUACUCCCACUACUUGACCAGAAUACUCCCUUGUAGUGAACUUUUACACAACGGCACAGCACAAGACUUUGUUUUACAUUGUGGAGAAAGCUUCACAACAAAAGACACUUCUCUAAACAUCGCAUCAGGUGCAGUUGCGGUGAAGAAAACCCAAAUUCAAAUCUGCCAAUCUUCUCACCAUUUGCGAGAAGGCAUGAAUUGUGAAUUACUUGCAAUUAAACAUAGCGAGGAAGGAAAAAAUUAUCACUCCAGAAGUUCUGCCCCUUUCUCGUUCCCGUUGUGCUGCUCUCGUUUUGUAUUUCUGCUCUGCUUCGGCGGUCGAACUUCUUCGCUAUCGGGUCGGUAAUCAGAGCGCUGAUCCGAAGACAGUGUUUGUUCGUCCUUCCAGGAUUACAGUCUCUCUCUCUCUCUCUCUCUCUCUCUCUCUCUAUUUCUCUUUGCUGUAAACCUUUCCUCCCACGCUUGGCGAGAGAUCGUCCUGUUUGGUAUGCCCACUACGGCACUCUGGCCAAACAACAUUACAGGAGCUGUCUCGUGCUCGCUUCCUGCUCGUACACCUUGAACAGUUUUCUCCCCCACAACACACACACACACACACGCACACAGCCACUCUCUUUCUCUCUCUCUCUCUCUCUCCUUCUCUCGCUCGCGACGGCUUUCCCGCUGGAGCAGAUUGGCCCCAGGCAGGUCGGGAAAAGCUUGAACUCCCGUCCGUUGGCGCUUACAGUUGCCUUUCGUUUGUCGUUGGUGAAAGUGAACGCGCCCGCGUGUGUACGGACAGGUUGGCCAUCGCCGUUUUUUGGGACAGGGGGGGGCUCUUUUGCACCGGGAAAGGACCACCACCACCACUAGCAGCGGUACCACCCAGCUAAGGAGGAAGUCUCUGUCCACUAACCCGUGUGUGCUUCUGUGUCGUUUACCUCCGGGCUUUUGGGGCCAAUUGCGGGGAUUUUCCUCCCGCCGAGGAAAUAAGCCCUGCCGGAGACGGGACAGGAAAAACGGGAAAAAUUCUCGCUCGCACAAGUGUCUGCGUGUGUGUGUGUGUCAGUGUACCAAUCACAUGAUCUGCCAGCCCGGAGCGUCGUGCAACAGUCGCGCGGAAACGGGUAACAACUGCGCUGCGCUUUGUGGCCACGCUUGGGGCCACGGGUUUCGCACCUCCCUCCCUCAUCAACAGCAAUCAGCAUGAAGCAUGCGAUCCUAUCAACCAGUACCACUGCACCGAGAGCACCGUCGGAUUACAAAUCCCAAACGAUUUCACCGCGGCCAGAGACACGCAGUGCUCGCGCGCGGAGUGGCGUUAGAAGGCGUGACGCUAGAGGUGUUAUGUAAUAACACAAAAACCUCUUUGCCAUUGCCGUGCAGUACCCAGCGCUGUUCGAGCGUCCUGGAAAGGAAGCUCCUCCUGUACACACAGCGCUGCGUGUGCGAUUCUGCCCUCGCCUGCAACCGCGUCGCACCUGUUCGCACCUGUAACGCGAUGCGACGCGGUGUUUUGUUGCACGCUGCUGCUGCUGCUGCUGCUGCCGCUGCUCACAAACCGAUCAUCCCAGCAGCGUUCAAUGUAUUGAUUUUUCCUGACCCAACUACGCGCGAGUCCCGAUAAUCCGCUCUACUGCUGAUGGGCCUGAUUUUGGUCUGCCACCGUGGUGCGAUGGCGCGUCCAUGACGGUUGGGGCUUGGGUUGUACACUGUUUUUUUUUUGUCUUUUCCUCUUCUUCGAACUUUGAUGGGAAAAAAAAACCGUUGAUUUCGCAACAUGGCUAAAGCCCAUUUGCCCAUUGCCAUUUUUGUUUUGCUUUGCGCUGACCCCUGUGUUUCGCGAACGGUUUGUGGGCUUCGCCGCGUAUUUCGCCGUACGGACGUUUCGUUUGAUACGGAUGUGGGGGAAAAAAAAAACAAAUUCCAUUGCGUCCGUUUGAUCAAAGCGAAGGCUUGAUUGGACAUCGGAUUUUUUUUUUUUGUUUGUACUGAAAAAUACACUCCCCGUGGGCAGCAGCACGUGUUAGAGAUCCUGUCACGUGGCGUGUGUCAUGUACCGCCGCCAUCGUAUGCUUCAGAAGUGAAUUUAGAAUUUACAACAAAAAAGGGCAGCCGAUUUAUUGAGAUCAGAACGAUGUGUAAUCUCAGCUGACAGCUCAUCGUGCAACACAAGUUUAAGCACAACCACCUUAAUAACACCUCGCAACACUCGUCCUUAUUUAGCAUUUGGUUUGUCAUUUUUCUUUCUCUUUUUCUCUUUUUCUCUUGUUUUCUCUGUUUUUCGAAUGGUCACACUGCAUCAACUGGCAAUAUAUGCACCUAUCUGCACACCCGCACACCAUUGCACACGCCUGUAUUUGCAUCUGCACCAUCACCACCACGACCACCACCAUCACCAGCACAACACGCAGAGUCGUCCUGAUCGGUGGAGCAGUCUGCUGGAGCACGCCAUGCACGAACUGCCUGCACAGACCUAGCCUGAACGCGUUCCCGCACACACACACACACAUACACACCCAAAGUCACACACGCACGCAGUAACCGAGCAGGCGAACGGAACCCGUAACAGAGUUCGCGCGUUUCAGCGUUAGCGACAGCCCUUUGGUGCACACUUCCAGCGCGGGUUCCGUCGCGUCGGUACUCUACCACACCCCCUCCUUCCCCUCCUGCCCGUCUGCUUUCCCUCCCGGCCGCCUUCUCGGUAGCGUGUGGCUGGCGGGUGUGAUGGCCAACACUGCCCAUCUGUUCCGCAGGCAGAGCUCCCGGGAUUUGAUCCAGCAGGCGACCGUUCGCAGCCUAGAUGAGCUCGAGCUGAGAGAACUACGCAGCCGGCUGGUGCGGGCGGAGAACGGCUCGCAGAAUGUGGUGUACGGUGCGACGAACCAGGCGUUCAUCAGCGACGAUGAUCCACCGAUGGCGCGCAUCCUGGACAUUGGACCGUCCGGGACGGGGCCGCCGGGCAAGGAUGCGCGCAAGCUCGCCAUGCAGGCGUCCAUCGUGUCGCAGCAGCAGCAGGAGUCCGCCAUCGCCGAGCGACCGGAAGACGAGCGGGAAAGCUGGGACAGCAAGUGGACCUUCCUGCUCGCCACCAUUGGGUACGCCGUUGGGCUAGGUAACGUGUGGCGCUUCCCGUAUCUGGCGCAGAAAAAUGGCGGCGGUGCAUUCCUGGUGCCGUACUUCGUAAUGCUGCUGCUGCAGGGCCUGCCAAUCUUCUACCUGGAGCUCGCGAUCGGGCAACGCCUGCGCAAGGGUGCGAUCGGUGUGUGGCACGAGGUGUCCGCCUACCUCGGCGGUAUCGGCAUCUCCUCCGCCUUCGUCAGCUACAUCGUGGCGCUCUACUACAACACCAUCAUUGCCUGGUGCCUGAUCUAUCUGCUGCACAGCUUCGAAACGCCGCUGCCGUGGGCCGAAUGUCCGAAGCGGCUGUUUAAGAACUUCACCUACGACAUCGAGCCGGAGUGUGUGGUGUCGUCGCCGACCAAGUACUACUGGUAUCGCGAAACGCUCCAGGUGUCGCCGAGCGUCAACGAGCCGGAGCAGAUCAACUACACGGUCGCGCUGGCACUCAUCACCGCCUGGUCGCUCGUCUACCUGUGCAUGGUGCAGGGCAUUACCGAGUCGAGCAAGAUCGUCUACAUCACGGCCAUCUUCCCGUACGUCGUGCUGAUCAUAUUCUUCUUCCGCGGCAUCACCCUCAAGGGCGCAUCGGACGGCAUCGCACACCUGUUCACACCACGGUGGGAAUCGAUUCUGGAACCGGUUGUCUGGUUGGAGGCCGGUACGCAGAUUUUCUUCUCGCUCGGGCUAGCGUUCGGAGGGCUGAUUGCCUUCAGCUCCUACAAUCCGGCCAACAACAACUGCUACCGGGACGCGCUCGUCGUGUCCGUAACCAACUGCUCCACGUCUAUGUUUGCCGGUGUGGUUGUAUUUUCAGUCAUCGGCUUCAAGGCCACCUCCAUCUAUGACAGUUGCGUCGAGGAGCGCUCGGAGAUGAUACGUCAGAACAAGUCGCACGACCUCUUACCUGUUUGCGAUCUGCAAAAGGAGCUGGAAAAUAGCGCAUCCGGUACCGGAUUAGCAUUCAUCAUCUUCACCGAAGCGAUCAACCAGUUCCCGGCGGCGCAGCUAUGGGCCGUUCUGUUCUUUCUGAUGCUGUUCACGCUCGGUAUCGAUUCGCAGUUUGGCACGCUGGAGGGCGUCAGUACCUCGCUGAUGGAUAUGAAACUGUUCCCCAACGUGCCGAAGGAAAUGAUCACCGGGGCUCUGUGCAUGUCCUGUUGUGUACUGUCCCUGUGCUUUGCCAACGGUGCCGGUAGCUACAUCUUCCAGCUGAUGGAUAGCUUCGCCGGCAGCUACACAUUGCUUAUAAUUGCGUUUUUCGAAUGCAUCGGUGUCAGCUACAUAUAUGGGCUCAAAAGGUUCGCGGACGACAUCGAGCUGAUGACAGGUUCGCGGCCAAGCCUUUACUGGAUGCUCUGCUGGAAGUACAUAUCCCCGAUCGCAAUGAUAACGAUUUUGGUCGCCUCCUUUCUGGAGCUCGCAUCCGAGGGCAGUAGCUACCCGGGCUGGAAUGCGCUCACCGGUACCACCGAUCAGCUCGAGUGGCCGCACUGGUGCAUAGUGGUUGCCAUCUUGCUGAUACUGGUGUCCAUUCUGUGGAUUCCCGGUGUGGCCAUCUUGCGAUUAUGUGGCAUCAACGUGAUCGAAGACAGUGAGCCGGCCUGGUUCCCUUCGGCGGAGCUGCGUGACGUGCACGGUAUUGUACCACACGAACCGACCGACAUUGAAAUAUCAUUGUUCUGCAUACGGGCCGACGGUUCCGAGGGACUCUGCUGUCCCAUCUACGGUCCGCGCGAACAGCCACUGGACGAGGAGGAGUAAGCUGGGCCUGCUUACGGUGGGCAAAAUGCAUGUAAAAAAGAACAAACCAUUUCUCUCUACGCUCGUAAGGUACUCGUAAGGUUGACAAAACAGGAACGUCUAACGUACCAACUGAAAGAGCUAGUCGACGCUGAAGCCAUACUUACAUCCACGUCCACCAAGCAAAGCAUCCAAUAUAUAUACACACCUUUACCCGCAACACGGCAACGUAUACACCUUAGAUGGAUCUACAGUUGCGUAAAAAGAAAAGCCAUCCUAUGCUAGCGUUUAAGUAUGAAUGUUCGAAUUUAGUGUUUAAACAUAAAAAAAGGCAACACACUCCCACCACUCACACAUAAAGACACGGACACUAUGCAAAAAGAAGCAGUAGAGAGAGAGAAGAAAACACAAACAAUCAAACCAUCUAGAACAGUGCAAAACGCCACCCAAGGUGAGGGCGAGCGUAACUGACAAGACUUGAAGAUUAUACAACAAAAAAACAAAAACAAAAAACGAAAAGAAAAUCUCCAUUCAUCAAUUAGCACUGCUAGUCCACCUUGUUGUCGCUAACCUACCGACUUUAGCAUAUCAAUGUGUUCCCAAUUGACGGUUAUUUAAUGUUGGGAUGUUCUUAAAAGAAUCAUACACACAUAAACUCCACACACAUAGAUACACCUAAGUAAGGCAAAGAUCAAAUUUACGUGCUCUCCCGCGUGCACACUAAUAGCGAGUUAGCGAGAGCCGAACGGGCAUCAGCCUUAUGUUCAAUAUACGUCUGACAAUAAUCCUGUUGCCUGAUGCCUGCUGCUCCCGGAGGACGCUCCAUCAGGAUCGUCCGCAAGUGUUCGUUGCUGCAUCUUGCUACACGACGAGCGACGUUUCAAACCGCGGGACAGAUACGACAAUAAUGUGCAACCAUGACUAAUACCAUGUUUAUCUAGAGAAACAAUACUAAUCUAAGAGUAUUAAUUGUUGAAUACAGUAUACAUAUUAUAUAUAUACACUCACACUCUCGUAGUCACGUAUAUCUGUACAUAUAAGUAAUUUAUAAUAAAGGACGACGUUGUAGAGUGGAUCAAAGUUGUUGCCAAACAAAUUGAA